AGAAAUAAAAACAUAAACGGGAAUUCAAGUAGUCUUUUGCCAGAGCAUUGAACUGAGCUUCCACUAGUCCCAGUGUGAUGGGAACUCCUUACCCAAACCCCAUUUCUCCGGCCAAAACCCGCAUCGGCUGGAUUGGCAUCGGCGUUAUGGGCGCUGCCAUGGCCUCCCGCCUCCUCUCAGCUGGCUACUCCCUCACCGUCUACGCUCGCACUCCUUCAAAAGCCGCUCCCCUCCAAUCCCAGGGCGCCCACCUCGCCGACUCCCCAUUUCAACUCGCCCAACUCUCCGACGUCGUCUUCACCAUGGUGGGCCACCCCUCCGAUGUCCGAUCCAACUACCUCUCCCCCAACGCCCUUCUUUCCAGCCUCAAUCCCAAUUCCGUCACCGUCGACAUGACCAGCAGCCACCCGGCGCUCGCGCGUGAGAUUUUCGCCGCCUCACGCGCCAAACACUGCUGGUCUGUCGACGCGCCGGUAUCCGGCGGCGACAUCGGCGCCAGGGAAGGCAAGCUUGCCAUACUCGCCGGCGGGGAUGCCUCGGUGGUGACGUGGCUGGCGCCCUUGUUUGAGAUUAUGGGGAAGGUUACUUAUAUGGGUCCGGCUGGGUCCGGGCAGAGUUGUAAAAUUGCUAACCAGAUCACUGUGGGGGCCAAUUUGCUUGGAUUGAGUGAAGGGUUGGUGUUUGCGGAGCGGGCUGGGUUGGAUGUAAAGCGGUUUAUGGAGGCGGUGAGGGGCGGGGCGGCGGGGUCUAAAGUAAUGGAGUUGUUUGGGGAGAGGAUGAUUGAGAGGGACUUCAGGCCUGGUGGGUUUGCAGAGUAUAUGGUGAAGGAUAUGGGGAUGGGUGUGGAUGUUGUGGAGGAAGGUGAGGAUGGGAGAGUGGUAGUGUUGCCUGGUGCUGCAUUGUGCAAGCAGUUGUUUUCGGGUAUGGUGGCUAAUGGUGACGGUAAGCUUGGUACGCAAGGGCUUAUCACUGCUAUAGAGAGGCUCAAUGGAAAGUGA